AUGCUUACACCUUUAGACUGGUGGCAAUUUUUGACCCUUAGUCGGCCAAGCUCUCCCCAAUUUGUCGACAAGGACUACCCAGAUCUCACCAAUAAAGUCUUCUUAGUCACUGGUGGUGCCUCCGGAAUUGGCCAUGCAGUGGUUAAGAAAUUGCUUGGAAAGAAUGCAAAAGUCUGGAUCCUUGGAAGAAAACAGACAGUCCUAGACGAAUGCCUCGUUGAUUUAAAAAAAGAGUUCCCCAAUGCCCAAUUGGACACAGUCUUGGCCGAUCUAGCUGAUCUCCCCACGAUCAAGCCGGCUGCCGAAUUGUUUCUCCAGAAGGAAACUAAGUUGAAUGGAAUUAUACACAAUGCGGGUGUCAUGAAUCCUGCUGAAGGUGCUAAAUCCAAGCAAGGAUAUGAGCUCCAGCUCGGUACCAACGUUAUCGGACCUUUUCUUCUCCAGAAGUUCUUGGACGACAUCAUUAUCAAGACUGCAAAGAGUGAACCGCCUAACUCGGUUCGAAUCCUUUGGGUCUCGUCGAUGGGACACUAUUUAGCGCCACAUGGAGGAAUCAAUUGGAAAGAUAUCAACUUCGAGCACGAGAAGAAGCCAUGGAUCAACUUGUAUGGGCAAUCUAAGGCCUUAGACAUUUACCUAUCGUAUCUGUGGGCCAAGAAACACCCCGGAACGGGUGUUGUUAGCAUCUCUUGCCAUCCUGGCGUGCUCGAUACCCAGCUUGUUAGGUACCAUCCUAUUGGUGCCAUUGGUAGGGCUGUCAUGGCUGUUGUUAAUCCAAUAUAUCCACCAGAGUAUGGAGCCUAUACGGAGUUAUUUGCAGUUCUCUCUCCCACAAUCACUACCAAGAAUGAUGGAAAUUAUGUGAAUCCUUGGGGAAAGUUAGGACGUAUAAGACCGGAUGUCAAAAGGGGUAUGGAGGGGGAAGAUGGAGAGAAGAUUUGGAAGUGGUUGGGGAAGGAGGUGCAGAAAUACGAAUGA